AGAUUUAUUUUCCUGCCUUUUAAUUUCAUUUGUUUUGUUUAAUUAUUGAUGAUCUAUGUUAAAUACUUGGAUUGCUCUAGUGUUAAAACUUUAUUAUGCAUAUAUCGUAUAUACUGCCAGUGUAUGUGUAUCCAAUAUAUGAGGGGUGUCCCGUCCACGAAAAUUUUCCCGGGGGCCCAAUAUUAAGCUACGGUAUUAGAAUUGAAUUGAGGAAUAUGGUAUUAUGCACCGACAGUUAGUGAUGAAGACAUCAAAUUUUUUUGGUACUGUGUCUUUACUGUGUUUAGAGUCUUCAAUUUGGAGAUCUGCUUCUUUUACAAAUUCUACUGUGUUUAUGUGUUAUUAGUUUUGAUCUAAUUAUUUUUGUAUAAUUAUGCAUCUAUGUGUUUUGUUUUUUAAUUUUAUUUUUCAGGAUGGCGGAAAUCUUAGAAUUCCAAUAUGCUUAUUUCAUUACCGGAGCAGAAAUAAUUCGGAUUAAAAUCCCUAUGACAUCUAAUAGUUUUAAACCCGAAGUCAAGCUUGUGUUCUCUAAUCCAUCUCAACCUCUUCCAUUAGCUAUGGGACUCUUUAGCCACAAUCACAUUGUAUAUAUGGUUGGGGGCUUCUAUGGCCGUAAGGCUGUGGCUGUGGGCGUGGACAGCCCUAAGGAUGUGGAUAUGGAUGUGGUGGACAGCCCUAAGGAUGUGGAUAUGGAUGUGGUGGGUGUGGACAGCCCUAAGGAUGACGAUGUGGAUGAUGAUGAUGUUGAAUAUGUCGAUCGUGUUUACAUGUUUGAUCCAACCAAGUUCGAUGAAAUUCCGCUUGAAAAUAUUGAAACACUUAAGAACUUAACAUGUGAACACAUGGUGUAUCCUAAAGUCAUUCGAGCUGAGGAUCGGAUUUACCUGUUGUCACAGCGUGAUUUUUUUUAUUGUCAUUUUGACAUGAUCAGAUACGCCUUCCAUUUUCAAUACUUUGAUCCAAACAAGAAUUUGUUUACAACCCUGCCACCCCCACCCGUCCUAACUGAUCAUAAAAUGUCCAUUGCUCGUCUUGGUGCACGGUGUCAUUUUUUCCUUAGAGGUUAUAUAUAUGUGUUUAUUACAGACACUAAGACUUGUUUUCAAACAUCUAAGUUCAACACCAUAAAUUUACAAUGGGAGGAUUGCAAGUCCAUGGUGGACAAAUUUAAAGAGAAAACUAUUCCUUUUCCCUUCUUACAUGCUGGCGAUAUGGGGAUUUCGAAUGAAUUGGUUGAUAACACUUGGAUUCUAGUCGCCCUUAAUGGUGGUGCUCUGCCCAUCGCAUAUUGUGUUCACCUUAGUGACAAGGGUGAUAUUGAUCCUAUAUCUCAUAGGGUUCUAGCUGAACUUUAUACUUCGGGUGUUGAUAUGUAUGGCUCAAGAUAUGAUUGGAAACAAUUAGCUGAUAUGGGAGGUGGAAGGUUUUGUGUGAUGUGCUGUGCUUUAGAUGCUUAUUUUUUGAUAUACGGCUUCGAAAUUGAUUUUGAACGUGAACACACCAUUCAAAAUUUUAAAACUAAAGAGAGUUCGUCAUGUAUUAUUUUCAAAAUGGAAUUCAAUCAUAAUUACCCCAUCCCUUUGAUGCGUUCACUUACCGGUUUCUGUAUAGCCUCUGCUCCUCCUCCUCUUGCAUCUCCCGACAAUGAAGACCAAGACAAGAAUGAAGACCAAGACAAGAAUGAUAGGAAGAGUAAGAGAAAAAGGGGGAGUAGAGCCAGCUCUCCUCCUCCUCCUCCGGCGCCGCUGAGCUUGCAGUGAAGACUACUAUGGGUGGUGGAGGGCCUAUCUGACUGCCGGUUCCUUAGUUUUAUACUCUAUUUUCUUUUCUUCUACUCUAUUUUCCACCUCUUCACCAAGUUGGAAAUUACAAAGCUGGUCUCAGGCAUGUUAUAUUUCGGCUACAUGUUGAUUGAGUCAUAUGCCUUGUUAGUUUUAACCGGGACAAUUGGCUUUUAUGCAUGCAUGCAUGCUUUUGGUUUGUUUGUAAGAUAUACUCGUCUGUGAAGAUUGACUGAGUGGCAACAAAGUACGUACUCAAUUUUCUUGUCUUAGGAUUUGUGAACUUGCGGAUGAAUAUUUUAGAUUCCAUUUCUUUAACUACUGCCUUUAAACA